AAAACAAACGAAACGUCACAACAAAAUAGUUUCUACAACGGAUUCCUUAGCGUCUUCUUUCAAAUUCCAUUUUUAAGCGAUGGUCACCGCGCUGGAAAACUUUCCCGAAGUUUGCCGGCUGUGCCUGCGGCCGGGCCCGGAACCGGAGAUGGCACCCAUCGUGGGAACGGUUCCGGAGUUCGGCGAACAGCAGCUCAGCGAACUGCUGGACGAGUUCUGUUCGCCCGUUCCGGAGGACAUUAGCUCCGCCCUGCCCUCCUCCGUGUGUGAGCAGUGCGUGCAGGAAUUUCUGUCCGCCUUCCGGAUGAGGCGGAGGUUGGAGUUGCUGUUGCGCUUCCAGGUGGCUUACGCCCGCUUCAAGUUCGGCCAGACGGAUUCGCUGCGUCAGCUGAUGGAUGAUGGCAUCGAGCAGCUGGACGUGGCGUUCCGUGAGGCGGGAACUUUGCAAGAUGGGGAAUUGCUCAGCUGGGAAGCGCUUGUUACGGAUAACUCCAAGUACGAGACCGUUGAGAUGAUUGCGGAACCGAUGCCGCUGUUUGAGAUUGAGAUGCUGGAUGGGACGGAAGCCGUUGAGGGGAAGGAGGAUGUAAUGGAUGCUGAGCAUAUUGAGUUUCUGGAGAUGGAGAUAAUGGACGGGGUUGAUAGCGAGGUGGAUGAGGUGAUGGUGAGCGUCAAGCCUAAGAUUCGUAAGAAGACGAUUAAGAAGGCGAAAAAGGUAGCUGCUCCGACGAGGGUGAAGCUGGAUGAGCCUCUGCAAUGUAUCGAUUGCAACUUUUCGUCGUUUUACGAAGAUUCUUUCGAAGCUCACAUGCAGAACCACCAGGCAGAUGACUUGGUGUGCAGGAUCAACUAUUGCCAUCAGGAGUUUGACUGCAAGGAAGCGCUGAUAGCGCACAAGAAGGACGUUCACCUUUGUUGUGUUUGCGACAUUUGUGGGUUCACGUUGAAGAACAAAUACUCGCUGGAUGUUCACGUUCGACGGCACAAGGGCGAAACGCGCUUCCCGUGCGAGUAUUGCUCCUCGAGCUUCCACACGAAGCAGGAGUACAAGCUCCAUCUCAGUCUGGUGCACGUCGCAACUGAGGCGGUUAGCUGUGAGAUUUGCAAGCUGGAGUUCAAGAAUAUGCAAUUCUUGCGAAGACAUCUCAAAAGUCAUUCCGACGAGCGAAACUACAAGUGCUCGGAAUGCGGCAAAACGUUCAAAACUAUAAUGCACGUUCAUCGGCACAAGGAAACGGUUCACCUUAAAGUACGCUUUCAAUGUGAGCACUGUGAGAUGUCUUACGGAAGAAAGGACAAGCUCCGGAUGCACGUGGAACGCGUGCACAAUAUCCAAAUGUACUUUAUCUGCGAAAUCUGUCUCAAGUCAUUCCCGACGGCCGAACAGCUGCAAGAACACGCAGAUCACCACGCCAAUCCGAAGCCGCUGGAGUGCGGUGUUUGUCUGGUGAUUUACCUCAGCCAGGAGGAGCUGGACGGACAUUUGUGCAUCUCGUACCGGGACGAUUACCUGUGCUGUGGGCGGGACCACAAGUUCCAUACGUUUUACAACAAGCACAUGUUUCUGGCGCACGGCCAGAAGACGAACGCGCGCGUCAAGCCGGCUUCGGACAAGCUGAUUGCGAACAUGCGAGCGGAGCGGAAAUACAUCGAACGAUGUGCCGAAUGCGGAAAGGUGUUUCCAACGAGAAAGCUUAAACUUGCACACCGAGACGUGUGUGAGAGCUUCAACGAAACGCAACGUUCAGUUUACUCGAUAAAGGUAGUCGAGUGAAGAGUUAGGGGAACUAUACCCUUUCUCAGCCUAUUUCUAUUAUCGGCCUAUCAGCAUUUUGAUCAUGAAUAACAAUUUUCAUUAAGUGUUUUUGACUGUUCCAAAGUAAUAAACAGC